CUCUCGGUGCAACCCGAUCACAACGGCAACCAAGUCUGGCCCUACAAUGUCUCUUAUGUGCAUCUCGACGAGCAAAUUGGCUAUUCGUAUAUGCGAGUAUGGAGAUCGGAUGGGGAGUCAGUGAUCAAGGCGAACGAUGAUAGGGCCGAGCGGGUGUUCCACGAAGUGGUUCGUUCGAGACGAUGCAAACUGACCGAGACGGCAAAGGUUACGCAGAGGUAG